AUGAGCGAUCAAAAUCGACAGAAUAAAAGCAAUUCUGCUCUACUUCUUGCAGUCGGUGCAGGAAUUGGCGUUGCAGGUGCAUUGCUUGGCCAGGCAAUUUUUUCAAGUCACAAUGAUGAAUCACCACAUCAAUAUUCGUCGAAUGGUAAUUCCAGUAACCGCAGUUUAUCAUCAUCAGUUCCGAUAAGACCAACUGAUAUGUGUGUCAUUUGUCAGGAUCGUAUCGAUCCACCAAUGGAACAAUUACCAUGUGGACAUUUGUUCCAUCAAAAAUGUAUCAUCGAUUCAUUGAAAAUUCAACAAAUUUGUCCAAUUUGUCGAAUUAUUAUUACAGCACAACAAAUGAGAAUUUAUCUUGGUCGUAUGAAUGAAUUGAAUUGA